CGCGGGCCCGGGGGUGCCGCCGCCCGAGCGCAAGCGGCGAACAAAAAGAGGAAAACCGGGAGAGCGGCGGCACCGCGGGGCAGGCUCGGCUGGAGUAAGAAAUGGAGAUGAUGACUGAGAAACAGAGAGAUACAAGGUAUUUCUGGAACAAUACACCGGAAAAAAGUGAUUAUGAGGCUGUAGAAGCCCUUAUUUCUAUGAGUUGCAACUGGAAAUCAGACUUCAAGAAACAUGCAGAAAUGAGACCUAUAACUCCAGCAUCUGACAUGUCAGAGGAAAGUGAUGAGACUUUGCUUCCUGGAGCAACAGACUUCAAUGUGAUACCAGCAUUUUGCCUGACACCACCCUACAGCCCUUCCGACUUCGAGAUGUCACAGGUGAUCCAUCCGCUCAGCAAGUCACUGUCCGAGGCCGCCAAGCCUCCUCUGGCCACGCCUCGGAGAGAGGCAGAGAGGUCUCCAGCAGCCAGGCCUCUGAAAGCUCAGGUGACGAGCGUUAUCCGCCACACGGCCGAUGCCCAACUCUGCGAUCACAAAACCUGCCCGGUGAGAACAGCCAGUGUGCUCAAAUACCAGGAUGGUGCUUCCAGGGAAGCAAACAGUAAACAGAAGGCCACAGCAGAGCACUCCAUGUGUUCCACUGUGAUGCCGAGUGGAGCCAGUGCUGAGGGCGGUGGACUGUCGGUGGCAGAAGGAAGAACCGUGGAACCAGCUGUUGGUCCAGUGCCCUUGACAAAGCCCUCAGUCAGCAGGGAUGAGCCUGUCCCUGAACCAACACAGCAGCCAGAGGCAGCAGCACCACCAUCCCCUGCCCAAGGCAGCGGAGCCCCCUCCGUGCCAGUGAUUUGCCAGAUGGUCCCACUGCCCUCAAACAACAACAUUGUGACGGCUGUAGUGCCCAACACCGUGCCAAGCCAGCAGCCGGCUUUCUGCCAGCCCAUGGUCUUCAUGGGCACCCAGGUUCCCAAAGGUGCUGUCAUGUUUGUUGUGCCCCAGCCAGUUGUGCAGGGCACAAAGGCUCCCACUGUUAGUCCAAAUGGCACGAGACUCUCUCCCAUUGCCCCUGCUCCUGGCUUUGUACCUUCCACAGCAAAAACCACUCCUCAGGCUGAUUCUUCGAGAAUAAGAAGUCACAUUUGCAGCUACCCAGGAUGUGGGAAAACAUACUUCAAGAGCUCUCAUUUGAAGGCUCACGUCAGAACACACACAGGAGAGAAGCCGUUUAGUUGCAGUUGGAAAGGCUGUGAGAGGAGGUUUGCACGGUCUGAUGAACUGUCUCGCCACCGCAGAACACACACUGGGGAGAAGAAGUUUGCCUGCCCGAUGUGUGAGCGGCGGUUCAUGCGCAGCGACCACCUAACGAAGCACGCGCGUCGCCACUUGUCAGCAAAGAAGUUACCGAACUGGCAAAUGGAAGUGAGCAAGUUGAACGAUGUUGCUGUGCCACCAACGUCUGCGACUACCCAGUGACAGGACUUGCUCUGAAGAUGGUGAAAUUAACUGUUUUUGCUGGGAUAGGCCGGCUGAAAAAAGGCUUUUGCUCCCGGUCUGUGGUUCUCCUGCGCUGGCUGCUGAGGCCAGUGCAGAGAGGGAAAGGCAGCCUACACUCAGCCUUAGAAAAAGUUGCUGGGAGAACCAGUGGCUGACUGGAAUAGCGGGUGUCCUUUGCACUGACAGGGACAGAGAGAAAGAGAAGGUUCUAGAGCAGAGCAGCCACGUUGUGCCAGUUUUGAAAUUUGCAAAUUAUUCGUGUAUACUCUAGAUCAGUCAAACACAAGCAUUCCUGAGGGUUUGCUGCUGACACCUGAGACCAACUCUGAUUUUAGCUACCAGUUGUCAGUCUUCCGUAGGCGCAGACUAGGACAGCGGCAGUGUACGGGCACAGGCUUGAAAGCCCAGAAACCACCUGCAUAAGAUAAUCUGAACGGGUUUUCCUACCUCUGCCACCUUUUCUUGGUAGGAAUCUUUUCCUCCUAACCAUUCUCCAGCCCAAUCAUAACCAAUGAUUUGGUGCCAGAGUCCUGGAGAUUUUAGGCCUCUCCUCCUGCAUGGGGUGCUUAACACACUCAGCUUUACACUGCUGUCCAGAGCGGCUUGGGAGGGAUGUGCGGGGUCACCACAUGGGCAGCCAAAGGGCAGGAACGUUUCUGAAUUCUCAUUAGCUUUGUAAUAUUUUCCCAGCUGCUUUGGCAAGCUUUGUGAUUGUUACAGCUGGUUAUACCUGGGCAUUGCACGAUGCUUCUGCUUUUGUGUUGCUUACAGUUUCUACCUUCUCACUGCGCUUCUUAUGAGCGGAUACAGGGCACUUUGAAGAGAAACAUGGUAACUGUAAACUACUCGGUUUGAUUAAGGAAGAAAACCAAGAAUCUUAGGCUUCUUGAUUGUGUUAUUCUUUGAAAGGCAUUUUAUGCUAAAAAUAAAAUGGAUAUAUUGUGUAUUGUA